AUGGCGAGCGCAUCAUCACCGGCGGAUAUGAACACGAGUCGGAGAGCUUCUCGUAGCCGUCGACAUGGGAAGGAGACGAAUCGCUCCGAUCUAUUCAAAAACCCGAAAAUUCCGUUCGCGAUCGCGCUAAUUCUCGCCGAUGCAAUCCUCGUCGCACUUAUUAUCGUCUAUGUUCCAUAUACGAAGAUCGAUUGGGAUGCUUACAUGUCACAGGUAAGUGGGUUUCUCGGGGGAGAGAGAGACUAUGGGAACUUGAAAGGCGAUACAGGGCCAUUGGUUUAUCCUGCUGGUUUCCUCUAUGUUUACUCUCUAGUGCAGAACUUAACUGGAGGGGAAGUCUAUCCAGCUCAGAUUCUUUUUGGUGUUCUCUACAUUGUCAAUUUGGCGAUCGUCUUGUUCAUCUAUGUGAAGACAGAUGUGGUGCCAUGGUGGGCGUUAAGCCUCUUGUGUUUAUCCAAGAGAAUACACUCAAUUUUUGUUCUCCGUCUCUUUAAUGAUUGUUUUGCUAUGACUCUCCUACAUGCGUCAAUGGCUCUCUUUCUCUAUCGUAAAUGGCACAUCGGGAUGGUUGCUUUUAGCGGUGCUGUUUCUAUAAAGAUGAAUGUUCUUUUGUAUGCUCCGCCUUUGUUACUACUGCUAUUAAAGGCCAUGAAUAUAAUUGGAGUGGUAUCUGCUUUAGCUGGUGCAGCUCUUGUUCAGAUACUCGUGGGAUUGCCCUUUCUGAUAACAUAUCCGGUUUCAUACAUAGCAAACGCCUUUGAUCUUGGUCGUGUCUUUAUUCACUUCUGGUCUGUCAACUUCAAAUUUGUUCCAGAACGAGUUUUUGUGUCCAAAGAAUUUGCAGUAUGCUUGCUCAUUGCUCACCUUUGUCUCCUUGCGGUGUUUGCAAACUAUAAAUGGUGCAAGCAUGAAGGCGGGAUUAUAGGCUUCAUGCGUUCUAGGCAUUUCUUUUUGACACUCCCGUCUAAACCCUCAUUGGGUGAUUUCUCAGCCUCACGGAUUCUUACGAAAGAACAUAUUGUCACAACCAUGUUUGUUGGGGAUUUCAUCGGCAUUGUAUGUGCCCGCUCUCUGCACUACCAAUUCUACUCAUGGUACUUCUAUUCGCUACCUUUUCUGCUAUGGAGAACAAUGUUUCCCUCUUGGCUGCGCGUGAUCUUGUUCCUCGGUAUUGAGAUCUGCUGGAACGUGUAUCCAUCAACACCAGUCUCGUCUGGUUUGCUAAUGUGUCUACACUUUAUCAUCUUGUUGGGUCUCUGGUUUGCUCCUUCGGAUAAUCCUUACCAAGACCAUCAAUCCCAAAGACAGAAAAAGGCAUAA